AGAAAAUAACUGUUCUUCCGAAGAUUGGAAAAUGUCAUAUAUUUUGCUUCGGGUUGGUUGACUUUGAAACAAUUUGUUGGAAGAAAAGAAGACCAAGAGAUUACUUCCAUUUUCCCUGAAUUCCUUUGAUUUCAACGAGCUGUGGAUUCAGCUUUGCCUUAUUUUCUUUUCAUUCCUUCGUGCCGGGGGCGCAUUUUCUGUAUUGAACAAAACAGCGUUCUAAACCAACACCGAAAAUGGACGAUGAAAGCAAUGCCUAUACUGUGGAGGAAGCGCUUGUUACUAUGGGCUUUGGAAAAUUCCAAGUUCUUGUGCUCAUAUAUGCUGGGAUGGGUUGGAUUUCUGAAGCCAUGGAAAUGAUGCUUCUCUCUUUUGUAGGACCAGCCGUGCAGUCUGCAUGGGAUCUUUCUCCCCAUGAAGAGAGCUUACUCACUAGUAUGGUUUUUGUUGGAAUGUUAUUUGGAGCCUACACAUGGGGCAUUGUUUCAGACAAUUAUGGAAGGAGGAAUGGAUUUUUUGUGACAGCAAUGAUUACAGCAAUAGCUGGUUUAUCAAGUUCUUUGUCCGCAAAUAUAACAGUGCUGAUUAUCAUGCGUUGUCUAGUUGGUGUUGGCUUAGGAGGAGGUCCUGUACUUUCGUCAUGGUUCUUGGAGUUCAUUCCUGCUCCAAAUAGAGGCACUUGGAUGGUAGUUUUUUCGGCUUUCUGGACGAUUGGGACAAUUUUAGAGGCUUCGCUUGCAUGGGCUGUCAUGCCAAAACUGGGCUGGAGAUGGCUACUUGCGUUUUCUUCUGUACCCUCUUCAUUGCUUCUUUUGUGCUACAGUUUCACCAUUGAAUCACCGAGGUAUUUGUGUGCAAAGGGGAGACGAGACGAAGCAUUAGUUAUCCUGGAGAAAAUAUCGAGAAUUAAUGGAGCGAAACUGCCACCUGGAAUGCUUGUUUCUGACAGAGAAGUUGCGGUGGAAGGUAAUGGCUCUGCAUCAGAAGAUAGACAUUUGCUGUCACCAAAGGCAGAAGAAAGUGUAAAAUCUAAACCGGUGGAACCUGCCACAGGAUGGUUUUCUUCACUGGUUAUGCUUCUUUCACCCGAAUUAGCUAAAUCGACUCUCCUUUUGUGGACGGUUUUCUUUGGGAAUGCGUUUUCUUAUUAUGGCCUGGUUCUGCUGACAACCCAGUUGAACAGCAGUAAAAAUAAAUGCGCUGCCUCGGGGGUGCAAUCUGACGCUCACGAGGGUGUUAACUACCAAGACGUUUUAAUCACUAGUUUUGCAGAAAUCCCGGGACUUCUCCUCUCUGCUGCAACGAUUGACAGGCUUGGUCGCAAACUCUCAAUGUCAUCCCUGUUCUUCAUCUGCUGCGUUUUCCUUCUCCCGCUCGUGUACCCUCAAUCCAAAGUCCUAACAACCGGACUCCUGUUUGGAGCUCGCACAUGCAUCACCGCCACCUUCACCAUCGUUUACAUAUACGCUCCAGAGGUAUACCCAACGUCUGUAAGAACCACCGGGUUUGGAAUCGCGAGCUCGGUGGCAAGAAUCGGGGGCAUCGUGUGCCCGCUGGUUGCAGUAGGGUUGAUCCAUGGAUGCCACCAGACUAUGGCCAUCUUGCUGUUUGAGGUUGUCGCCUUCAUGUCUGGCGUUUGUGUCAUCUUCUUCCCCUUCGAGACCAAGGGCCGUGAGCUGAACGACAAUGUAUCCAGAACUAAGCGAGAGAAUACACUAGAGAUAAACUAAUACAGGAGUACAGGACCCCAACACAAAAGAAAUUUUUUUCUAGCUAUCUGUUUAUCUAUGGAGUUGCCAUACGUUGUAUAGUCAUUCUUUUAUAGGAGGAUUCAAUAACUAAUUUUUGUCUGUUCAUUUGAGUCACUCUGCUCAUCCAUUUCUCUAAAUCCUGGCAACUGUUGUUACUCCAGUAUGUUAAUAGGGAUUAGGAGAUAUACUACUCUGUUACAAUUAUAAUUUUUCCACCAAUGGACUUAUAGAUUAUAAUCAAAAGGUUUAUUGGUGGAUAAAAAAAGUUAAAGACAA